UAUGGGUGCAGAAAACGUUUAACGCAAGUAUUGGAGAAACAAACUGCAUGGGAACUGGGAAUGCAGGGUGCAAAGGGUCGUUUACGGGGCUGACAGCGAUGGUCAGCAACGAACUUAUUUUUAUCAAGGAAAUAAACAGCUAAGCAAUGGCAGUUCGAGUAUCAGUCCUCCCAAUGUGGUUUCAACACUUCCCUGUGGAAAGAGCCCUCAUUAUACUCUUCACUGAGGGCACAGCCAGGAGCAAGCAGACCUUAUUGACUUUUUGUAGAGAGCAGAAGGUUCAACAGUGGAAGCUCACCCAGCCUUCAUUGUGUAAUGCAGUACAUUUAACACAGAAAAGCACAUCACAAUUACACAAAUGGAGUAGAUAUUCUUCUCAGACGAGCAUAAACCAACGGUAUUCCAGACCAAACUCAUUCACUGGCGCUCUCCAGAAAUGUACUCGUGGGGACCUUUCAGCUAGUUUGUCGGAUAAACGGCAGACGUGCAUCCAGUCCACAAGGUACCAAGGAUUACUGGAGCGGUUUUACUCAACAUCCACAGGGACCAGGCUGGUUACGAAACAAGCAGGGCUACCAGGGAAGAGACUACCAAAGGGACCAAGGACCAAACAGCCAUCCAGAGCUAACCAACCCCUUCUAGAAAAAACAGAGGACGUGAUGCAGUGCAUAGCUUACGCAACAGCAGAUCAGUAUCACCUGGCAACAUUGUGCCAUGAUCUGGUGUCCAGUGGAUUUUAUGAAAUAACAGACCUGCCCAGAGAUGCUUCAAAUGUACUUGUUGUCUGUACUGAAAUGGCUUCAAAACCAAACGAUCAUGGAAUAAUCUUCUUUUUCAGGGAAGGGUCUGUCGUCUUCUGGAAUGUGGAAGAUAAAAUGAUCAAACAUGUGAUGCGAAUCUUGGAAAAGCAUGAGAUCCAGCCCUAUGAAGUUGCUCUGGUUCACUGGGAGAAUGAAGAAAUAAACUACAGAGUAGGAGAGGGAAACUCAAAGUUACGUCGCGGAGAUAUCCUGCUGAACUCGGAGCUAGAACCUGACCAGGCAGUGCUGGAGAAAUUUGCCUUCUCAAAUGCACUCUCACUGUCUGUGAAGCUAGCAAUCUGGGAGGUGUCGCUUGAUAACUUUGUGGAGUCUAUUCAGUCAAUUCCUGAGAUGUUAAAGUCAGGGAAAAGAGUAAAGCUGUCUCGGGCAGAAGUUAUGCAAAAGAUUGGGGAGCUCUUUGCACUAAGGCACUGUAUAAACCUGAGCUCCGACCUGCUGAUUACCCCUGACUUCUACUGGGACCGAGAAAAUUUGGAACAGCUCUAUGACAAAACCUGUCAAUUCCUGAGCAUCAACCGCAGAGUAAAGGUGAUGAAUGAAAAGCUCCAGCACUGCACAGAGCUGACUGAUCUGAUGCGGAACCACCUGAGUGAGAAGCACAGCCUGCGGUUGGAGUGGAUGAUUGUAAUAUUGAUUACGAUUGAGGUGCUGUUUGAACUUGCAAGAGUACUCUUCUGAAAUUAAGCCUACAUGUUAAUAAAAGGCGGGACUAAGAAGUGGGGAAAAAAUGACACUUGUGCUUUCAGAGAUCAGCAUAGUUGUGCUCUGAGAGUGCUUUGGAAUUGUGAUGUUUAUGACUGUAACAUUCAUUAAUAUGAAGCAGCUAUUAAAAAAAAAAAAAAAAAAAAAAAAGUUUAUUUUUAUUCACCUUAAAGAAAAUAAUGUGUGGUGUAAUAUACAUUAUUUCUGCUGAAAUUGAUUAAUAGCUAGAAUGAUCUAAAAUAUACUUUAGAUCUGAAGUUAUUAUCCCCACUGAGUAUUUAUUAUCUAUGACUGGCAUAACGUGGAGUCCACAUACACAUUCCCAGCUUACAUUUUUAACAGCUUGUCAGAUUUGAAAUGUAUUUAUUAUUAUUUUUGUAGAAGGUUUUGUUUUUUAACGUGGAAAAAGGUAAAGUCAAUGUGAA